AUGUCAGGCUGCAAGGGGCUAUGGACCAAUGGCCCUCUGGGUCUCAAUCACGCAGGGAGAGAACAAUCAUUUGCGGAGUGCCGCCAUGCGCUUGGCCGCGUGUGCCGGACAAAGGUGGACGAGCUCGGUAGUCAGACAGGUGACAAGGUUAGCUCGAUGCAUGAUCGUACAGGGGCGUGCAUCCUGCGACUGCCAGAACUAGAUAGCAGAAAGGACAUCGACCGCGUUGUUGCAUGUUAUCUAGCACUGAACUGCAGCGUUAUCGGCUGCGGUGUGAUGACGUUUGACCGGACCAUCCGUUCAACGGGCAGUCAAGGAUCCCUUGACCAUUGCACCAGCCUCGUGAGUUGCGAUAAGCAAACGGUGGGGGCCAUUGCUCCCAGGGAAGGUCAUCUUGAAAGGAGAGUUUGCAAAGGCUGGUAUUCUGAACACGUGGUCUGCUCAGUCAAGGGAUAUCUUUGCGCUGGAAUGCUGGGAAGGCUCGAGGCUAAAUUCCUUUUUCGGUUCAAAAUGGAUGUUGAUGCCUCCUGCAAUUUCCCCAUGUGUUGGGAUGUGUUGGAUGAGGAUCCGAAGUAUAUUUUGUGGGUCACCGGUGCACUGUAG